CAAUGGAAAUGCAUCGAUUGUUUGCCAGCUCAAUCUCUUUCAAUCUUCAUCUUUGUUUUUUAUUUGAAGCUUGUGUAUUUUCGUGAAAGAUAUUUUUUUUUUAUAAAUUUUAUAAAAAAUAUAUUAGACUACUAUAAGAAUUGUAAAACGGUGCAAAGGAAAACAACGAAUUUUGUAAAAACAUGUAUUUUAAAUAAAGAGAAAUACAGAAAAGAUUUCCCGUAGAAUCUAUAUUAAAAUCACAAGCAAAUAUGUUGCAUUUAAAUACAUUGUUUACAACCAAUUACUGUUAUAGUGCAGUGGCAUUUAUUUUUGUAUUCUGCAUUGCAUCCUCAAAUGGGCAAUUAGCUUCCGAUCCACAAUCAUAUCAACCUAGAUAUAAUCCACAAUAUACUAACGCCCAACAGAACACACUCCCCGGUACGACACAGUAUGACAACCCACUGCUAACAUCAUUGCAAGACCAAAAUCAAUUAGGAGGGAGCACCAACCCAAAUAAUUACUACGAAUCGAAUUUGAACCGUCAAUUAAACUCUAAUAAUUUGGGUGGGACAACAAAUUACGAUCCAUUCAGUCGUAAUUCUGGAUCAAGCGGUGGAUACACUUCGACAGGUAUAGGCUUUGUUGAUUCAUACAAUGAUGAAGAUAACUUUUGUCCCGAACACUGGAUAUCAUACCGUCAAACUUGCUACCGCUUUAUACGCUCACCAAAACGAAAUUGGAUGGAGGCAAAGAAAAUUUGUAAAGCGUACAAUGCCGAGUUAAUAAAUGUUGACAAUGUUGAUAAGCACGCUUUCGUUUUGAAGCAACUAAUAUUACAGAAUCAGCGCCAAAAUCGGUUUUGGACGUCGGCUCGGCAGACCGGUCCCAAUAGCUGGGUUAACGAUGAUAAUUCACCAUUCCUAAUGGUGGAAGAUUCUUUCUCAUUCGACGAAGACCAAGCCAUUGAAAAUGAAGACUUGCACGAUAAUCGCUUCCUUGUACAACGCAAUUACAACAGCGAUUUUAAUCGGAAUCCUAGCCAGUAUUUCAAUACAAUCGGUGGGUCUGCCAAUAGGAAUCAAAACAGAGGAUUUUCUGGUCAAUAUGGAGACAAUGGAUUUAUACGAGACCGCCUGGUUUAUGGCUUUUCAAAACUUAAAGAUAGGUGGAUGUUUAUGCCUGCUUACGAUUUUGAAUUAAAUUUGUUCAUUUGUGAAUCAAAAUUAUUGCACAAUCCGGAGAAUAUUAACCUAAAAUCUGAUGAAAAACGCCCCUUUCAUUAUGGAAUGGAUAUACGAGAUGCUGAGAAAAUUCCACGCGGUCCCUACUUUGUAAAGCAGCCAAAUGACACAACUUUUGAUACAAGCAAAAAUCGUUUAAUUAAUGACGUCACCUUAAGCUGUCUAGCUGGAGGAUACCCAACUCCAACAUACAGUUGGUACCGUGAAGUUUACGUGAAUGAUACCCUGGAGUAUAAGAGAAUAGAUCCCAUUAAAGAUGAUCGUUAUACUGUUUCCGGUGGAAAUUUGAUUAUAUACGACCCUAAGCAAGCUCUAGACCAAGGUGCAUAUCACUGUGUGGCAGAGAAUAAAUUUGGUCGUGUUCGAUCUGAAAGUGCACAUCUCAAUUUUGGUUUCAUAAUGGAAUUUAACUUAAAACGUUCCGCUGAAACGGGAGACAUGAACUGGGGCAAAUCUAUUUUCUGCGAUCCUCCUCAGCAUUAUCCGGAAGUUAAAUACUAUUGGUCUCGCGACAAAUUUCCGAAUUUCGUGGAUGAAGAUCAUCGUGUUUUUGUUUCUAAUGAUGGCGCCUUAUAUUUCUCAUAUAUAGAGAUUGUAGAUAGGGCCAAUUAUUCAUGUACAGUUCAAACCGUUGUUUCAGAUACUGGAAGAAAUGGACCUUUCUUCCCACUACGUGUUAAACCGAAUAGUAAUUAUCAGGAAUUGAUCUUUGCUAAUUCGUUUCCAAAGGUAUUUCCAGAAGCCCCAAUUGCUGGCGAUGAAAUUCGUUUGGAAUGUAUGGCAUUCGGUUAUCCAAUACCAUCCUAUAAUUGGACAAGGCGGGGCCAACCUUUGCAGCGAAAUGCCUAUGCAACGAACUAUAACCGAGUACUAGUUAUCCAAAACGCUACGACAAAUGACAAUGGUGAAUACACUUGUACCAUUGCAAAUCCACGCAAAUCAUUGGAGAAAUCCGUGUUCAUUAAUAUUCAGAUGAAGCCGCAAUUUUCGAUACCCUUAAAAGACAAAGUGAAAGACUAUAAUAGUGAUGUCACCUUUAUCUGUGAGGCAUUUGCUAUACCUGAUGUGAAUUACACUUGGUAUAAGAAUGCAGAGUACUUGGAUCCCGAAAAGAUUGAUAAAGAUCGAUAUGUCAUACAAGAUAAUCUGUUAACCAUAAAAUACCUUGAGCCAGAUCGUGAUGAUGGCAUGUACCAAUGCGGCGCUGCUAAUCAGCUUAAAACCGCAUAUUCUUCUGCACAGUUGCGAGUUCUUACAAUGAAGCCGUCAUUCAAGAAAAGGCCUUUGGAGUCAGAAAUUUACGCUGUUUAUAACGGUAACACGACGAUUGAAUGUGAUCCAGAGGCAGCACCACGUCCUAAAAUACAAUGGAAAAAAGACGAACAGCUUAUUGGGGCAGGAGGACACCGUCGAAUUCUUCCCAGCGGAACGUUAAUAAUCUCGCCAACAUCAAGAGACGACGAAGGUGUUUAUAGCUGUGUAGCCUCAAAUCUAGCAGGAUCUGAUGAGUCGCGUGCGCGACUUAUUGUUUUGCAAGAGCUGCGUUUCAUCCAAACUCCGCCACCAAGGAUUACCACACAAGUGCAGGAUUUGAUUUAUAUACAAUGUGAGGCUAGCUACGAUGAGCUUUUGGACGUGGCUUACGUUUGGAAACACAAUGGAGAAAUUCUUCGCAACAACCACGAUGGCACAGAACGAAUUAUAAUCGACUACAAUCGUUUGACUGUGCACAAUGUUACUAUGUUGGAUGGUGGCGAUUAUGAAUGCGUAGUGAAAUCGUCCGUAAAUGAAAUUAGUGCCAAGACACAUGUUGUUAUCGAAGGCGCACCCAGUGCUCCGGGCGGAGUACAAGUUAUUGAUAUUGCAAAGACAAAAGCACUCAUAGAAUGGGUGGAUGGUGGUAACAAUGGACGUCCAAUCCGCUAUUAUAAUAUUUUGGGACGUACGAAUUGGAAUCGGACGUGGGUAAAUGUAUCAACACAUGUGCAGGCGCGUGAAGUUGAUCGCUAUACUAACAGACAACAAGCUGAAGUUACAAAUUUGACUCCUUGGUCAUCGUAUGAAUUUAGUGUAGCAGCGGUAAAUGAUCUAGGUAUCGGCAUACCUUCAGCACCAUCUCCUAUAUACAGUACCCAUGAGGAUAAGCCUUACAUAGCUCCACGCAAUGUUGGUGGUGGUGGCGGAAAAAUUGGCGACCUCACAAUAACCUGGGACCCUCUGCUUCCCGAAGAACAGCAUAGUCGUGGUAUACAUUACAAAGUAUUUUGGCGCCUAAAAGGAAAAUAUGAAUGGGCUUCUGAGAUUAUUGACCGUCACGAUCACAUAGGCAUGGCAGUUGUUAACAUUCCUCUGAAUAAUUAUUAUACAGAGUAUGAGGUAAAAGUUCAAGCUAUUAACGACGUUGGCAAAGGCCCAGAAAGCGAACCGGUUACAAUAUACUCUGCUGAAGAUAUGCCACAAGUUGCACCACAAAAGCCGAUAGCAAUAGCAUUCAAUUCGACGGCAUUCAAUGUAACAUGGCAACCAAUUGACAUGACUCGUGAAAAUAUUAGAGGAAAACUUAUAGGACACAGGAUCAAAUAUUGGAAAACCACUCAUCAAGAAGAGGAUGCCGUUUACUAUCUAUCACGCACAAUAAGAAAUUGGGCGUUAAUAGUUGGUUUACAGCCCGAUACGUACUACUUUGUGAAAGUAAUGGCUUAUAAUGCUGCUGGUGAGGGUCCCGAGAGCGAGAGAUUCGAAGAGCGUACAUACAGAAAAGCACCACAGAAACCACCAUCAUCGGUUCACGUAUACGGCAUCAAUCCGUCCACGGUACGAGUGGUAUGGCGUUACGUGUCGCCUGCGCAAGAUGAAGAACCUAUUGAAGGCUUCAAGGUCCGUGUAUGGGAAAGCGAUCAAAAUAUGAUAACAGCAAACGAUACGAUUAUACCAGUUGGUCAAAAACUUGAGGCAUAUAUUAACAAUUUGACGCCAGGAAAAAGUUAUAACAUGCGUGUUUUAGCAUACAGCAAUGGCGGUGACGGCCGCAUGUCUAGUCCAACAUUGCGUUUCCAAAUGGGAAAAACGACGCGAAAUCAUGCCAACCGGCGCUACAAUUUCAAUUUGAAUACUUUAUUGAUUGUAACAUUUUUAACAUUUAUAUCCACAUCUAUUUUUAACAAUUGAUUCUAAAUUUUAACAUAUUUCCGUCCAAGAUUUUAACGCACAUUCCAUUUAGUAUUAACUAUUGUUAAUCGAAUAUUAUGCGAAAAUUCCGUCCAAAUGUUAUGUAACAAAUUUGUAGUAUAAGUAUAUCUAUAUCAGUCUCGAAUGCAAUUUAAUUAUUUUAUUGCAGAAAAUUAGUUAUAUUUCCCAUAUAUACAAAUUUCUAUUACACUUCACUCUUAAAGUGCCCUUACUAAGUUAUUAAGAAACUUAGCAUACUAGUACAUACAUAUGUCCACAAACUUAUACAUACACUUUUACAUACACCUACUAACAAAUAUGUAUUUUUAUAGUGUAGUUAGUAGGAGUAUGGUUUUGUUUUACAUUAAAUGUUUUCAUUUAAAUUAAA